AUGGGCAUGAUUCAAACCGAGAGCCCCUACUAUCUCCCAACCCCCCAAGCGCCUGCACCCUUCGACAUCACGCUUGAACUUGAGCACUUUCAAGGUGACCCCGACUUCAAAGAAUGCUCGUCGUCGAACCCUCACUGCGCAGCCGCGUGGGGUCUUAUGAUCACAGGAUCUACGAACGUGCAGAUCCUGGGCGCCGGUCUUUACAACUGGUACCAAGACUACACACAACCAUGUGUCGACACGCAAGACUGCCAACAACGCGUCGUUUCGAUAGAGCACAGCGGUGGUGUAUGGAUCUAUAACCUGUACACCAUCGGAACGGUUGAGAUGGUCACCUACGAGGACUCUACCCCUAUCAAGGCAAAGACCAACACCAAUACGAACGAGCACCCCUUUACUUCGGUUAUCAACGCUUGGCUAGUAGUUUCGGCCGGAAAAGGCAGUCCAUACUACGAUGACAUCGCUGAGAUCGAGGACUACAUCGUAGAUAAAAAUCUCGCAGCUUGUAACAGCGAGUACCAUACCCUUGACCAAAUCAGCAGCUCCGUAGAUGGCAUCCCUGACCACUGCUUCGACACGUACAUCGUGCAGGUCGAGCUCGAAAUCCUGAACAAGGCGCUCAACGAUUUCGACGCUAUUGUGGGCGAUGGGUACGAUAGGAAAUUUGACAUCUACGAGCGAGUUGUACGCCACCAAGCGCCCGCCUCGGUCGACGCGUACAUGAGCAGCGCCCAGGCCACGGGGAUCUGGCACUGCAACUCCAACAAGUACGUGAGCUGCUGCAAGGACUGUGUGUGGAGUUGGGGAUGCGCCGUCGGCUGCGACAAGAGCCAGGACUGCGUGCCGGGAAAGCGGCAGACGCCCGUGGACUGCCCGACCAGGAUAUCGGACCCCUACGACAUCUACAGCACCCCGCCAGACGAGCUGUUCUACACCGUGAGCGACUAG